AUGAAGCACCUGUCAAAAUUCUCUACACUGUCGCUACUUGCUCGCGCAACAGCGCAGUUCGUGCCGCCGCCAGCCAAUUUAACGACCAAGACGGGAUAUGCAGGCGUGAAUGUGCGAUACAAGGAGGUCCCUGCCGGCAUCUGCGAAUUGGAUCCUAAUGUCAAGAGCUAUUCGGGCUACGCAGAUGUUGCUGACGACCAGCACAUUUUCUGGUGGUUCUUUGAGACACGCAACGGCGACCCCAAGGAUGCUCCCUUGACUGUUUGGAUCAAUGGCGGCCCGGGAUCUAGCUCUAUGAUCGGUCUAUUUCAAGAAUUGGGUCCUUGUGGCAUUGGGCCAGACCUAAAGCCCUUCAAUAAUCCCUACUCGUGGUCGAACGUGAGCAAUAUGCUCUUCAUUGACCAGCCUACAACAGUUGGCUUGUCUUAUUCGGUUCCAAUUCCUGCGUACAAGGACAAGAGCGGAUUCACAAUUCAGUUGCCUAAUAAUACUUGUCCAGAUUAUGCGAAGCAGUAUGGCACAUGCGGCACAUACUCGAAACCAGACCAUGCCCUGACAGCCAACAAUACGUUGGGUGCCGCUCCAAACAUGUGGCGUACGCUUCAGGGCUUCAUGGGGGCCUUCCCUGAUUACUCGCGCAACGGGUUCACGUUUACUACAGAGAGCUAUGGAGGCCACUACGGUCCCAUUUUCAACGAGUACUUUCUGGAACAAAACGCCAAGAACAUCUCCGGCGCAGUCAAUAUAGACCUACAGAGCGUCUUGAUCGGGAAUGGUUGGUUCGACCCCUUAUCUCAGUACAUCGCGUACUACAACUUUUCCGUGUACCCCGGUAAUACAUAUGAUUACAUGCCUUUCAAUGCUUCAGUGCAAGCCGAGUGGUACAACAACCUUUUCGGCGAAGGCAACUGCGUCGAUAUGACGAAGGAGUGUUACGAGACAGGCCAGAACUCCAUCUGCGCUCGAGCCGACGGCUUUUGCGCCAAUAAAGUCGAGAACAUGUACGAUAUCUACAGCGGACGAGAUGAGUACGACAAGGCGAUUGGAGCCUACCAAAACUUUUCCACUAGCUCGAAGACAGUGUCAUCAGCCUUUGGAAACACUGGUGAUGACGACCGCGAGUCCGGGACGAUUGAAGCUUGCCAGAAACUCCUUGAUGCGGGUGUACAGGUUAUGCUAUACUACGGUGAUGCGGACUAUAACUGCAAUUGGUUGGGGGGCCAGGUCGUCGCGGACCUGAUAAAUGCCACGGGGUAUGGUGAUGCAGGUUUCACCAACAUCACCACGAGCGACAACAUUGUACACGGUCAAGUUAAGCAGUCCGGCCUCUUCUCCUUCCUGCGCAUCUUUGAGUCGGGCCACGAAGUGCCAUUCUAUCAGCCUCUUGCGGCGCUGGAGAUUUUCGAGCGUGCGCUAAAGAAGGUUGACAUUGCGACCGGAAAGGGGACGAUUGAUGCGAGCUACAAAACUGUAGGCACGCCGACCAGCACGUUCCGGGAGGGCAACUCGACGAUUCAAUUCAAGGUCCUGCCAGACAACUCCACACGCGAUUGCACAGAGGGCGUUGGACAUGAGGGCGGCAAGCAAGCUGGGUAG